AUGGAUCUACGUAAAACAAAUCAUCUCUUGUUUUCAAAAAAUCAUAAUUCUUUUCCGUUAUCUGGAAGAACGUUUUUCCUUAAAAUAACUAUAAUUGCACAAAUUUACCGUACUCAUUUUGUCAUGAAUCAAGAACCAUUUUUCGAAAUGAUAGUGGGGCGGGUCUUUGUUUGUCUCUGUUUUGUGAUGGUGCUUACUAUCAAACUUCUGUCAUAUAGUAAAGAAGAAACUGAAGCUGAUUCCGACGACGAUAGUGUGGUUCAGGAUGAUUGUUUGGAUGUCACUUUAAAGGUCAACAGAUCGAUCCCGGCACUAGUGGUGUCCACUGUCCCUAAUGAAGUAGACAGUCUUAGACACGACCACCAUACAGCUGUAUUGUCUACGCUUAAUGCUAUGGAACAAGGAAAGAAACUACUAGUCACGGAAUUGGGAGACCUUGAUCCAAUAGCGAUUGUUGACUAA